CAUGCGCAGACGCUAGGUGGCCCUCGGCGGUCGGAAGGGGAGUUCAAGGAGACGGGGGAGACGCGGCAGCGGGCACCUCUUCGGGGUCGCGGCUGCAGCCAUCAUGCCGGGGAUAGUGGAGCUGCCCACUCUGGAGGAUCUGAAAGUGCAGGAGGUGAAAGUCAGUUCGUCUGUGCUGAAGGCUGCGGCCCAUCACUAUGGCGCUCAGUGCGACAAGCCCAACAAGGAGUUCAUGCUGUGCCGGUGGGAAGAGAAGGACCCCCGGCGGUGCCUAGAGGAAGGCAAGCUUGUCAACCAGUGUGCCCUGGAGUUCUUCAGGCAGAUAAAGCGGCACUGUGCGGAGCCUUUUACGGAGUACUGGACCUGCAUUGAUUACUCCGGCCUGCAGCUAUUUCGUCGCUGUCGCAAACAGCAGGCACAGUUUGACGAGUGUGUGCUGGAUAAACUGGGCUGGGUGCGGCCGGACCUGGGGGAGCUGUCAAAGGUCACCAAAGUGAAAACAGACCGGCCCUUACCAGAGAAUCCCUAUCACUCAAGAGCAAGGCCAGAGCCCAACCCCGAGGUGGAAGGUGAUCUGAAGCCCGCCAGGCACGGCAGCCGUCUCUUUUUCUGGACCAUGUGAAGAUGGGUCCGUGGCCCCACACCCAGGCACGCACCCAGGCAGCAGGCAGUGAAAACUCUCCCGCCGUUUGCAUCAACCGAUAGAGGGCUUUUUCCGGGAUCACAAACAUUAACCAAAACAUUAAUUUAUGUGACUUGGCAGUUAUUCUAUACCAUUUCCUGCCCAUUAAAAAUUUUAAAGGAAA